AUAAAGAUUAAAAAAUAAUGUUUAAUUUGAAUUCCUUAAUCAGUGAUUCCCUUUCCCUUUUAUUCUUGGCACAAUCCAUCAGCAAAUGCUGCACGUCCUCAACUUUAUUGCAUAAUUCACAAUUGGGUGGCAAACUUUGCUGACGGAUAGUGCCCAGAACGAAGUCUUAGUGCUAACUUAAUAUAAGAUCUACUUAAAUUACAAGUAUCAAACCAUGGCACACGAGGAGGCUCGUUUUUAAUGAUUUUGUACCAUAUUCCUUUCUCCUUAGAUAUCACAUGAAAGUAUAUUUUCCAUUUGUUAUAAAAUGUUACUUUAGGCAUCGAAAAAUUUUCCCGAUAAUCAAGGUGGUACAUAAUUUCGCCACCUGUCGCCUUGGCAUGUUUUGACAACCGAUCAGCCUCCUCGUUGCCUUGUAAACCUAUGUGUGCUGGAACCCAUUGCAAAAUAAUCUUAAUAUCAUCUUUCUUAAAGAUACUAUCAAUUUUGAGAAUAUCAUGGGCUAUCGAUGCAGCCCUCCCGCCAGAGACGCAUCGAGCCAAAUGUUACAAGGCACUCUUACUAUCAGUAAAAAUAACGACAUUAUAAGAAUUUUGAUUAUACGUGUAAGAAACAUUACUGUUGCAGGACAUAAAACUUUAUGGAUACCGACGAAGAAAAAAAAUAUGAAAUUGAACAAGGAUAAAUCUGUACCAACUAAACGGAGGCCUACAUCCAAUAAAGUAUACCGAUAUCAUCAUCAACAACAAAUUACACCGGGCACGACAACACUAAAGUAUUGGCAUCAUUUCUACGAAGAUGAAGAAGCGUGGCCCAAAGUUGUAUUGAUUCUAUCAAGUACAGAACGUACCACUACUGCUAAACCACAGACUAAAACGUUUGCUAAUUAUUUUCCAUCUCUGUACAAACCUGAAGACAGUACAGAAUCGGACUUUUCGAGCGAUAGUACUGAGGAGGACCGAGAGGAAAGCAGUGAAGAGGACAGAGAGGAGGAAAGAGAAAAAGAGAGAGAAGAGGAGCAAGAAAACUCCGAAAGAACCGAAGAGGACUCACCCUCUCUUGCGACCGACGAUGGGGACGCUGAUGAUAGCGGUCACGAAGAUGAUAAUUAUAGAGAUUCUGAAUUCUUUGGCAAUGAUAGUCAAAUAUUUAGAUUUGAUGAAGACAGAGCAACAAAUAACCCGGAAACUACAACGACUACACCAAAAAGCCGAAGAAGUAAAGUGUAUACUACUGUAUCUCGGCGAAUCACUACUACGCGUCCUACUACUACCACCACUACUAAAGCUCCGACUACUACAAAAAGCACCAAGCUCACAAGGACGAGGCGGAAGACCACAGUCGAUACGGCCACAUACGAAACUUAUGGUGAGGAUUUGACAACUACAACGACUCCAGGUUCACCUGAUGGUGAUAAAGGACCGGGUGAAGAAGGACCAGGAGAUGAAUCGGAUGAUGGAAAGACACCUGGUCCAGGAGAUACAACUACUCGUCCUACUACUACUCGUUCUACUACUACUCGUCCUACUACUACUCGUCCUACUACGAUGCAUACGACGACACCGAAGCCGCUUGAAGCUCGCUGUUUUCAGUGUGGAUUAAAUACUUCGGAAAUUCCAUACGCACCUUCGUGCCAUCAUGUGUUUGAUACGCCUGAUCGUACAUUUCAUUCUCAAAGAAGAUUUUACAAAGUCAUUUGUAAAAACGAAGACGAUGAUGACAGGGUUUUGAAAUCCAGGGAACCUGUCGGUGAUAUUAACGACUACUACGUGGUGCCGCCAGACAAGACGUACAGAGGUGGGUGCUUCAAGAGGUUCCUAGACCUGGGCGAGCUAUACAACGAGCGCGGGUGCCGCACGAUGCUGCCGCUGCGCGGGAACAGCCUGGCCUCCAUCCGGCUGAUGCGGCUGGAGCGCUCCAUGGCCGCCAUCGACGAAGGCUGCGUGUCCAGCCCGCACGCCUCGCUCACGCCCUUCAGCAAGGCCGUGUCCCUCUACUCCCGGUACCAUGUCUGUGUCUGCAUCGGAGAGUUCUGCAACCGAGCCACCACUCACAAACUCACCACUUUUUACGUUUUGUUUUUGAUUAUACAUUUAAAAGAAUAUCAAAUUAUUUUUUUGUUUUAGAUUAGUUGCCAUAAAGUCAGAAACGACAAUAAUUUUACAUGUUUUAAAUGGCUUUAAAGAUACGUAUAAAAUCUUUACUCAAUUAUCGUUUUUGCUUUAACAUUAUAAAUACGUAGCUCUAAAA